AUGGCUUCUCCCGCGUUAAUGACGACACCGCUCGGCGCAUGGAGCUUCAAGCCACGAAUGGCAGGUCUGAAUCGGCUCGAAUGGGCUGAGAGACGACUUUAUGGAACGACGGGUGUGGAGGAAGUCAUCGCCGAACUUCAGAGGCGCAAGCCGACCGUGGGUCUCAUACUCGGACAUAAUCGCCUUCAGGACGAUGGUUGCGUCCGUUUAUUUGAGUACCUUUGCUCUGAUAAGCGACAACACGACUACAUGCAAGAGAUCGCCCUGAAUAAUACCCAACUGGGUGAUCGAGGGGUCCUCGCUGUGGCGAAAUACCUUUGCGACAACAAGGGUCUGAAAGAGCUGCAGCUUCAGAACAACGUCUUCUCUGGUCGCGCAGAGAUAUGGACAACGUUCACGUCUGCGCUCAACCGCUCGCAUCUGCGAAGGUUGACCCUAUCAUCUAACCAACAACUCUCUGACGAGUUUCUCGCCGCGUUCCUCGCGACGCUUUCUUCGCCGCAUUUCGAGGAGCUUAUCCUCUCUUUCGUUGGCUUAACCUGUGAAUCAGUACCGACCAUAGUCGAGUUCUUGGGCAGCCCGCGCGCACGCUCUUUGAAGCAUCUGACGUUGAAUGGGAACGAACUCGGUCGUGAUGGCCUCUUCCUCAUCAUCGACGCUGUGGAAAAGUCUAACUUCCACUUGACACGUUGCGAGAUGUACGCCAACUGGUCCACGAAUGACGAAGAAGAGCGACGAAUAUGGAACGAAGCGGUUGCGCGCCUAUCGCAGGCUACUACACGCAAUCAGGUCCUCGGGAGGAACACCGGGCGAGAGGCACUCAUCCUCCUACGACAUGCUCGCCCAGCCCUCUUACAGCAUGCCGAGCAGGGCGAGGAACAGCCACCUCAGCCUCGGCUGCCGAACGAGCUCAUACUACACAUUCUGUCAUUCUUCGCGCCGACCCUUUCAGCUCCACAACGACGACGCGUGGUCGACUACGCCUCUGAUGCACGAACGCUGCCGCCUCUACCACAAGGGCCCCCACCAUUGGGUGGCCCACAAGUGGUGACAUCCGGGUUCAUCGGAUCGUUGCGUUACGUGCCUCUGCCCGCUGUGUUAGAGGCAAGGACAGAAUGGCUGAUUAAAGUACAGUGCGAUGCGUAUGAUCAUGAGCCAGGUAGUAUCCGCUAUGUAAUCCCAGACUAG